AAAUAGCCUGCAAGGACGCAACACAAAAAUUGCUGUUGUGCUGAUCCAGAAAAAUGCACCUCUUCCUCCAGGUGAAGAUCUGAUGGCAGCAGAAAAAGCUGUCUCCUUAUGUUCUUCCUGUGACAUCUCGGCAAAGUCCCUCUAUGUGCUGCCCCACACUGACCACCUCAUUGGGUAUACCAUGCGACUGGAGAAUGCAUUUUAUGAACAAGCGCAGGCCUACUAUCAUCAAGAAGCUCGUAAAGUCAAGUCUCACAAGGAUUUCCUAAAUAAGACAACACAUCAGCUUCUGUUUGUCAGGCACCAGUUCAAGUGUGCCUUCUUCAAUGAGCUAAAGCAGGACUCACAUACAGCUAUCAAGCACUACAAGCAGGCCUAUGGUUACAUACUGGACCUAAGGAUGCACGACACCAACAUGCUGGAGAUUAAGACUGUUGCUGGCUUUAUCAACUACAAGCUCAGUUUCAGGAAGCACAUUGAUUUCUUCAAGUCCAAGAGUGGGAUACCAGAGCUGGCCUUUGAACAUAGUGCCUGGAUGUCCAAACAAUUUCAGGUAUUUGGUGACUUGUUUGACGAAGCCAUCAAACUGGGACUGACGGCCAUACAGACCCAGCACCCAGGCUUUUACUACCAGCAGGCAGCCAACCAUGCUGUCUUUAGGAAACAGUUGUGUCAAGGCUUGUGUAUGCAGCCGCAGGAGAUGAAAAGUGCUGAAGUCGUGGCUGAGUUUCUGGGCCCUGUAGAGUUUUAUGGCCAGAGAAAAUGGAGACAAGGUCACCAGAGUAUUGAGCCUCCAGAUCUGCAGGUGGAAAGAGAAGGAAUUCUGGCCUUGCAGACCAAGGAGAGACAAGUCGACCAUUCUUGGCUGAUUAUCCCGCUCCUGAGCAGUGCAGUGGCCCAGUUCCGCAAAUACAAGUCUCCUCGAAUGAAACGGUUCUUGAUGGUACAGAUGGGCGAAGAGUACUAUCAUGCCAAGGAUUAUGUCAAAGCUUUGAU